UAGAAACAAAGUUGGUUACAAAUCACACUGGCUUUGCCCGAAGGUCGCCCCCCCUCCAACCCCUCCCACUCGUCUUUAGCAUGCUGCCCAUGGGGACGGUGACCACUGCUGUCAGCGCGGUAGGUCGGGGUGGUCCGGUGGCGAGGAAGAAGCUGUAAGUCCUACCGUGACCAUGGUACCUGUUGAAAACACAGAGGGCCCCAAUCUGCUGAACCAGAAGGGGAGAGAGGCGGAGACCGAAGGCAGCUGUGGAGCCAGAGGCGGCCGGCAUCCUGCCUGCGCCGGAGGUCCCAGCAUGUUUACAUUCUUGACGUCCGUUACUGCAGCCAUCAGCGGCCUCCUGGUGGGUUAUGAACUUGGGCUCAUCUCUGGGGCUCUUCUGCAGAUCAGAACGCUGUUAGCCCUGACCUGCCAUGAGCAGGAGAUGGUUGUGAGCUCCCUCCUCAUCGGGGCGUUCCUGGCCUCUCUCACCGGAGGCGUGCUGAUUGACAGGUACGGAAGAAGGCUCACCAUCAUCUUGUCAUCCUGCCUCCUAGGACUCGGAAGCUCAGUCUUGAUAGUGAGUCUGUCCUACACGCUCCUUAUCAUGGGACGCAUUGCUAUAGGGGUUUCCAUCUCCCUGUCUUCCAUUGCCACGUGUGUGUACAUCGCAGAGAUUGCCCCUCGGCAUAGAAGAGGACUUCUCGUGUCACUGAACGAGCUGAUGAUCGUCACUGGCAUCCUUUUUGCCUAUAUUUCAAACUACGCAUUUGCUAACAUCUCCAAUGGUUGGAAGUAUAUGUUUGGCCUUGUGAUUCCCCUAGGGGUUCUGCAAGCAAUCGCCAUGUACUUUCUUCCCCCGAGUCCUCGUUUCCUGGUGAUGAAGGGACAAGAGGAGGCUGCGGGCAAAGUCCUCGAGAAGUUGAGAGUGAUCUCAGACACCACUGAAGAACUCACCUUGAUCAAAUCUUCCUUGAAAGAUGAGUAUCAGUAUAGUUUUUGGGAUCUGUUUCGCUCCAAGGAUAACAUGAGGACCAGAAUCCUGAUAGGUCUGACACUGGUAUUUUUCGUCCAAACCACUGGCCAGCCAAACAUACUAUUCUAUGCGUCAACUGUCUUGAAAUCUGUUGGCUUCCAGAGCAAUGAGGCAGCCAGCCUUGCGUCCACUGGGGUUGGUGUGGUCAAGGUGGUUAGCACCAUCCCAGCAACCCUCCUCGUGGACCACGUUGGCAGCAAAACCUUCCUCUGCAUUGGCUCCUCCGUGAUGGCUGCUUCGCUGUUGACCAUGGGCAUUGUGAAUCUCAACAUCAACAUGAACUUCACCACCAUCUGCAGAAGCCAUAGUCCUCUUAACCAGUCCCUGGAGGAGUUUGUGUUCUAUGCAACAGGAAACCUGUCAACCAGCAACAGCAGUCUCAGGGAGCAGUUUAAAAGAACCACUCCCCACAGCAAAGGGUCAUUUAUGCCCAUGGGGAAUGACUUGGAGCUGGAAAGGGAGAUGACCUUCACAUCUUUACCAAAUGCUGUACUGAGCCGAACUGAACCCCAGGGAGUCACAGACCCUGCAGUCAUCCCAGCUGCUUACAAAUGGCUGUCCCUGGCCAGCUUGCUUGUUUACGUGGCUGCGUUUUCAAUUGGUCUGGGACCCAUGCCUUGGCUGGUGCUCAGUGAGAUCUUUCCCGGCGGAAUUAGAGGCCGCGCCAUGGCCCUGACGUCCAGCAUGAACUGGGGCAUCAACCUUCUCAUCUCUCUGACAUUUCUGACAGUGACUGAUCUUAUUGGCUUGUCAUGGGUGUGCUUCAUAUAUACGAUCAUGAGCCUGGCAUCGCUGGUUUUUGUUGUUCUGUUUAUACCAGAGACUAAAGGAUGCUCUUUGGAACAAAUAUCAAUGGAGCUAGCGAAGGCGAACUAUGUGAGAAACAACAUUUGUUUUCUGAGUCAUCACCAGGAAGAAUUAGUGCCAACCCAGCUUCAAAAGAGAAAGCCCCGAGAGCAGCUCCCAGAGUGCAGCCACCUGUGUGGAAGGGGACAGUCACAGCGGCCCUCGCCAGAGACCUAAGGGGCUCCCAGCCCCACAUGCGGCACAGUGGCAGGACUUACAAGGGUCUCUGCCAUGUUUUCUCCUCACCGUCAUGGAGAAGUUUUACACGGACACCCUGAAAUUAGAAAGACCGCCAUUAGUUCCUCUUCCUCCAAGCAGACUUUUGCCGAAAGGUACAGGAGGCAUCAGUGCCCUGACGUAUCAGGCCAAGCAAAACAAGACUGGUAGGUUCGAUGCCUUCAGCUUUUGAAGAGACUGUGUUCUAGUGAUGAGGCCUGCCUCUGCCUUAUGCCGUCUGUGUAGGAUUCCACUCACAGCUUGAUACUCAGACCCUGUCAUGCUCUGUCAUGCCCAGUCAUAGCACGUGUGCCUCUGAAGACACCGUGUGGAUGAUUUCAUUGCAUCCGUGUUGUGGAUUAGGAUGGUAUCCUGGGUAAGACUUUAGUUGGCAUUCGAGUCCACCAGGACAAAGGUCAUGCAGCUUGUGCCUCAUACGUAGCGAGACGCUAGCCAAUCAAAUACUCUUUCCUAAGUUUUAUGUCAGUUUUUAAAACUCUAAGAUAAACCGUUUUCCUUUUUUUUUUUCUUUUUAAAAUAUGAUUAGAAAGAUCAGUUUAAAAUUCCUGGGACCAUAUUUAUUUAGAGAUAGCUGUUAGUAAGGAGUCUGGCGUAUUGUUAUUUAUCCAGCUCUCUAAGCAGUUAGCUUUAAGUUAUACAGUCAAAUCUCUAAGAGUUGUCUCCUGGGAAGGCUUUCGUGGUAACCUGUAGCAGCCCACGGCUUUCUGCAGCUCUUCCCACUCCUCAGGAAUCACUCUACCUCAGGCUACAGCGGACGGGCUUUCCCUGCUCGCCUUCCGACAGAUUCAGACAGACAAGACAGGUACCUUCCUUUCUGUGGUGAGCCGUGACGGUGAGCCACCCCAGCACGGUGCCUCGCACCCACCCACAUGAAGGGCUUCUCUGGCCUCUAUUUUUUUCCACUUGAAUCUUAAGAUUUGACAAAACAUUUUACCAAAAGAUUUUGCAUAUUCUAGAAAAAAAAAUCUGUGAUUAAAAAAGAGCCCCGUCCCCUUAAUUCGGGAUUUUCUUCCUUUCACUAGCAAAUGGUCCCAGUCUGUCAGAGGUGCGUGCCCACCCCGUGCCCAGGUAGCAAAGAGCAGAGAUGACAAGUAUAAGCAGUCAGUGCUUGAGCCCCAGGAGGCCUGCUCCUCAGAUGCACCCUCUAAAUGGACCCAGAGCCUGUAAGGAGGGGAGAGUUAAAUCUGAUUAUGUCAUAGUACAGUUCACAUCUGUAAGAAUGUGCACUGGGGUCUUUGGUUGAGGGAAGAGAUGAAGUGAGUUUUGCAGAUCGUCAUUUCAAAUUUAUCACGAGUCUCUGGAAUUACAGGCCACGUUUUUUAAAAAUGCUCAAGGCAGGUAACUGAUGCCAGUCACCCCCCCCCCCAAGUUCUCGGAUUAAGAUAUUUUAAAAAUUGUUGAAUGAUUCAAUUUUACACAUACAUGGACACACACUUAGCUAUUUUGUUUGUGUAUUCCUUGUGAAUGGGCAAAAAGUAAUAAGCAAAUGCGGCUUAUUGCUAAUGACUUCAAUGGAAGCGAUGGAAACCUUGUACUGUUCUCUUAUGACCAAGUACGGAACUAAACAUUUGUGUGUUCAGAAUAACAGUUUACCCAGUAUUAGCCCCACCUCACUCCCAGCACAUGAAGCCAUUGGUUUUCAAAAAUAAAAAGGGGGGAUACUUAAAACUUG